GCAUGCGCUCGAGCCGCUCGGGCGGUGGGAGACUUGAGGGCCGGUACGCUGUACUCAUUUCGAGAGGACGACGCGCAGGAGGUGCGCACGCGUACGAGAGCGAGCGAGGGGGCACAGCGACCCUUAGGAGCUGUGGACGACACAAGAUGCUGAGCUGUUUGGUCUUGGGGCUUGAGGCUUGCGCUGGGAGAUCUCCUUGCGAAAACUGCACACAAUGAAAAUGCUUCCCGGCGUGGGGGUGUUUGGGACCGGGAGCACCGCUCGGGUGCUGGUUCCUCUGCUGCGGGCAGAAGGCUUCUCCAUCGAGGCCCUCUGGGGGAAGACCGAAGAGGAAGCGAAGCAACUGGCUGAGGAAAUGAAUAUUUCCUUCUACACCAGCCGGACAGAUGAUGUUCUGCUGCAUCAGGAUGUGGACCUGGUUUGCAUCAACAUUCCCCCACCAUUGACACGACAAAUUGCGGUGAAAGCUCUAGGUAUCGGAAAGAACGUCAUUUGUGAAAAAGCUGCAACUUCUGUGGAUACCUUCAGGAUGGUGACUGCCGCCAGAUACUACCCCAAACUCAUGAGCAUCGUGGGCAACGUCCUGCGUUUCCUGCCAGCUUUCAUCAAAAUGAAGCGAUUGAUAGAAGAGAACUACGUGGGCGACGUCCUGAUCUGCGACGUUCGAGUGUGCUGGGGCAGCCUCCUCAGCCACAAGUACAACUGGAUCUGUGACGAGCAGAUGGGUGGAGGCGGCCUGCACACUAUGGGGACCUACAUCAUAGACCUCCUCACUCACUUGACUGGCCGAAAGGCCGAGAAAGUCCACGGCUUGCUGAAAACCUUCGUGAAGCAGAACUCCGCCAUCAACGGGAUACGCCACGUCACCAGCGACGACUUCUGCUUUUUCCAGAUGCUGAUGGCGGGAGACAUCUGCAGCACGGUGACCCUCAACUUCAACAUGCCCGGAUCGUUCAUCCACGAGGUCAUGAUCGUCGGGUCCGCAGGGCGCCUGGUCGCUCGCGGGACAGAACUGUACGGCCAGAAGAACACCGCUCUCCAGGAGGAGCUCCUGUUCGUAGACUCUCUGGACAUCGACGUGGGGCUUUCGGGGAAAGGGUUUCAAGACAUACCCAUGCUGUACCUCAAAGGAAUGGUAUACCUGGUGCAAGCCCUGCGUCAGUCAUUCCAGGACCAGGAGGAUCAGCGGACUUGGGAUCCCAAGCCAGUCGCUAUGGCAGCAUCUUUUGAAGAUGGCCUCUACAUGCAAAGUGUAGUAGAUGCGAUUAAGAAAUCCAGCCGGUCUGGGGAGUGGGAAUCUGUGGAAAUCAUGACAGAAGAGCCAGAUGCCAAUCAAAACCUCUGUGAGGCGCUUCAGAGAAAUAACCUAUAAUGGGGAAAGUUCCUGGAGAAGCAGGAUGGUUGGCAGGAAUGGGCAGAAAGCUUCAAAGAUGGAUACUUUUUGGGGUAUCGGGAGGGAAGGAUAAUGAGGAGCUAUACUUGUGGGUAAAAACCUCUAAGGAAACGCUUUUUUGUUUUUAGACUCAUUCAGAGGGUUUUAAAUAUUGCAGAUUUGCGUUUGUAUGUUUUGGUGGUUUUAACACUAAACUUUCUGAGUUGAGUAUCGUUAGGAAAACUUGAAUCUCCCUUUGCACUCAGCCAUAGCUAAAACAAAAGCGUGGGUAAGUCUGUGUCUCUUCUACGCAGCUUUUGGCACUCUUGCCGGUUUAAUACGAUAGCACUUCGCACUACAAAAGGCUGUUUUUCAUAGGAACACAAGUGUUCUCGACAAGGGGGGGAGGGACCCUCGCAGAAGGGAUACGAUGAAGCAAGUCUUUCAAUUUGACCAUCUGGGGGACAGCCUCCAGUCUGAAUGUUUUGAAUUUACACUGUGAGAUUGAGUCUGCUCUGUGACAGUAGCCACUUUCUUCUGGUUGCUAGAAGGAAAACUCGAGUACUUUGUCUACUGUUUCCACAUAUCAGCGCUGCUCUUCCGUGGCAGGUUGUUUGAGGCUGGAGGAGGCUUUUGCGUGUCUUUCCCCACAUUUCUCUCCUGCCCUGUUCAGUGCCACCGAGCAAACUCCAUCCAUGAUCGUCCUCUGGGGAAGCUCACUGGUCAGCAAGUACCAGCCCCGCAGCCAGUUUUGCUCAUCCGAUCGUUGACUUGUAAAAUAUCUGGCUGCGUAAAUGAGGCAGGUUAUCCUCUGUCAAGGGAUAUGAAGUUAAAUACAGAAGAAAUAUUCGAUCGCUUUAUUCAGCCAUGGGCAGAUAGGAUAGUUGUUAGCUUGAAGGCGUUAAGGCCAGAAAUGGCUUUGGUCAGGCAAGUGGGUGUAAUUCAGACACUGGGACAAUGUUCUACGCCUCUUCCCUUUCUGACUUGUAUUCUUUGAGAAUUCUGGUGCUGCUGGCCAAACAAAUCUUAGUGCGCAUCUACCAGGUCUCAGUGCUGCUGCCCUUUGCUGGGCUGAACCUGAGAAGUCGUAGCUAAUUUUUUUUUGUAUGAGAUAUAUUGUUUACUUGAAUGUUUUUAUGGGUUCCUACUAGAUUUUAAUCCUGUACCUUAAUAUAAAGCCAUUAGCAAGCAAUCUUAAUGUUUUUUUGCAAGUGGCUGUGUUUGUUGUGCAUAAGAGCGCAUAAGAUCAGGAACUGCUAUCAGCUGUUUUCUGAUUCCGAAAGAAAAAACUCUGCCGUUCCUCACCCUGUUAUUCUGAGCUUUUAAAGUUAUUUUUAACUGCAA